AAAAAUGUUCAGAUCCACCAUUUCCAAGGAACAUGACUAGAGAAAUAACGAAAAGGUACCUAAUCUCUAUCUCGAGCAGUAAUGAUAAGGAAGCCGCAAACGAUUUUUACACUGGUGAUUCAUUGAAGUACAGCUGUAAACCGGGAUUUACAUUGCUAAGAGACCUGGAAACAUUUGCCUUUUUUAACGGAGAUGACUUUGGUGAUUAUAACAACAUAGAUGACAAAUCGCCGCAACUGACAACAACUGCAGCACCGGUAAUUGUGUCAGUGUUAAAAGAUAUUACUUGCGACGCUGAGGGCUUUUGGAAUGGCUAUCCCGAUUCCCAAUUGUACUUUGGUGAAUGUCAAGCAAUACAAUGCGAUGCUUCCGUAUUUGCUGACAUUAGUGAUGGUUAUAUUUCAAACUUUAAAGAAACGUACGAAUUUCUCGACGAAAUGAAACUGGAAUGCAAAGACGGAUAUCGGCACAAGGGCGGCGUUAAAUCUGCACUUUGCAUGACACCAUCGAGUUUUAGCAAUGCUUUUUUAACUCGCUUUGGCUGCGAACGGAUAAAGUGUAUCGAACUGGAAAGCCCUGGUAAUGGAUAUCUUAAAAUAGAUCACAAUUACGUGAAUGGAACAGUGAAUUACGAAUGCGAAUCUGGUUACGACUUGAUAGGAUACCCGGUGUGGAAAUGCCAGUCGAACGGGGAAUGGGAUCAUGAUUGUGUAAAAUGUGCACAUAAAGAUGCAUACUGCCCGCCUCCAUGUUUGCCACCUGGAGCUAUGAGUAAAACUUCUUCGGGAAGAUAUCAAAUGGGUGACGUACUAGAAUUCACAUGUAAGUCUGGAAAAUACUACGGAGGAUCUACAAACCGGACUUGCCUGAAAAAUAGGUACUGGAGCGGUACUCCUAUAGAUUGCACAGGAACAUCUUUGGUUGAUUUAAGAGUAGGAAUAGAGUUGGUUUCGGCUAUGAAACAGAUUUCGCAAAACAGGACUAAAUCAGAUACGGCCAUUUCAAAGACAAUAAAUGUCUGGAACAGGAAAGGUGUAGACAUGUAUCUGCUUGUUGAUAUUUCAAAAGUUGAGACACCGGAAAAGAUGAACGAAACUUUAUCUUUUGUUUAUGCAUUACUUCCAGAGCUUGGUAUAAAUGAUGGUGAUACUGGUACAAGGCUAGCGCUGACAUUCUUUGGCACCAAACCGUAUAGGAUGUUUGAACAUCAUAUAAAAUCAGAUGAAGUGGAGGGGCCUUUUAAAUCUUACGAGGACGUAAUAAAAGAACUUGGACAUUAUAAUAAAACAAGUGAACUGCACACAAUAAAACAGGUAACAAAGGAUGGGACUGAAAUUGGAGCUGCAUUGAAAGACAUAUAUGAACAAAUAAAAACUAAACUAAAGGGUCAGAAACAUCGAAGAGACAGAAUUUCCCAACAAGUUUUAAUAGUUAUCAGUGACGGAAGACUGACAUCUACGGAUGAUCCAACUGAUUUGUCUUUAAGUCUGAAAGAAGACUUUGAUGUGGAAAUAUAUUCAAUUGCAAUCGGGGACCUUAGGGAUACUAAAGGCUUAGAAACAAUGAGGAAACUCGCUUCACAGAUUGAAAACGAACAGCAUUUCUUUAAAAUCAGUACAGAUGAGUCUAACUUCAAACUGGUCAUGAGCAGUAUGAUAAACAAAGAUUGUUUAAACGUAUCUUGUGGAUCAACAAAACCGAAUUUAACAUGCAUAUCAAAUGCAUCAGAAAACAGAUUUGAAGUAAACGCCAAAAAGAAUGCUUGGCCAUGGAUGGCAGAUCUUCGAACAUUGCACAGCCACCAGUGCGGGGGCUCUGUGAUAAAUGACCAGUGGAUCCUUACGGCUGCUCAUUGCUUCGAUGACACCAGUGUUACAAAAGUUCACUUGGGAAAGAAAGCGCUAAAUGGAACAGAUGGAUAUGACGAGUAUAAUAUAUCAACGAUACACAAACACGAUAAUUACAAUAAUAAUACCAAAAAAUUCGAUAUUGCAUUAGUCAGACUCAGUCAAAAGAUAAACCGGAAACUCGAGCUGCUGCCAGUUUGCUUAUGGGACAAAACAAUUCAAAAAGAAACUAGAGUUACCUAUGAAAAACUUUUUACUAAAACAUAUGGCGUCGUCACUGGAUGGGGAAGAACAAACUCGUUAUCGACGACGAAACUUGCAGACACAUUGAAACAAAUGCAAAUGGAAGUGAAAUCACCAGAGGAAUGUCUUGAAAACUUGACGCCUAAAGAGCAGACUCAUAUCAGCACUGACCUUAUGUUCUGUGCUGGAGGAAGCGAGAUUGUGGGUGGUAAGACCCAAAUCGUUGACACAUGCCCAGGCGAUAGUGGCGGUCCUUUUGUUGUUCGGCAUCCUGUGGAUGAACGCAAAUUUAUACAGACUGGGAUAGUUUCAUUUGGGUUCGGAUGCAAGGAAAAGGGAAAAUAUGGAUUCUACACCAAGCUCACAGAAAAACUGCUCGACUGGAUAAAUGAUACAAUAGAGAAAGUAGAAAAGAAAACAAAAUGCGCAAAGCCGAAAGAGGUGCAAAAUGCAGUACUCAAAGACGAAUACGACAAUAUAGACAAGUUUGACGAAGGAGAUAAAGUAGAGUAUUAUUGUGAGCUUGGAUACACGAUGGAAGGUAUAACAAGUAAAAGGUGGUGCAGAAAUACUAAAUGGACGGAAGUUCGAUUUACAUGUAAUCCAAAAUGCGCAAAGCCGAAAGAGGUGCAAAAUGCAGUACUCAAAGACGAAUACGACAAUAUAGACAAAUUUGACGAAGGAGAUAAAGUAGAGUAUUAUUGUGAGCUUGGAAACAUGAUGGAAGGUAUAACAAGUGAAAGGUGGUGCAGAAAUACUAAAUGGACGGAAGUUCGAUUUACAUGUAAUCCAAAAUGCGCAAAGCCGAAAGAGGUGCAAAAUGCAGUACUCAGAGACGAAUACGACAAUAUAGACAAAUUUGACGAAGGAGAUAAAGUAGAGUAUGAUUGUGAGCUUGGAUACACGAUGGAAGGUAUAACAAGUGAAAGGUGGUGCAGAAAUACUAAAUGGACGGACGUUCGCUUUACAUGCAAUCGUAUUAUUUCAAAUGGAGACAUUUCAAUUGAUGAAAAACUAGCUGGAAAUAACGGUUAUAAAGAGUAUAUUGGCGACAGAGAAUUUACUGUGAUACAGCUUGAUAUGAUUAUAGAUAAAAGUGACAGGAGGCCUUCAAGACCGGAAAGUUACCGUGCAAUUGUUGACAAAGACGAAACAAAACGUUGGCAGAUAAAUGUGCCAUUUGAAAUUGAUGACGGUAUUGGUGAUCUACAGGAAUUAUCCAUUCGACUGGCACUUCCUAUUUGGGAGCAGUACUCAUGCCUUAAUUUCUAUGACAACAAGCAGGUGUACAACAGAUUAGUGUUUAAGAUUCCAGAAGAUAACUUGUGUGGAUCAGAAGUUGGAAUGAAACAAGGACCUCAAAUUAUUUACCUUGGGAAAAACUGUUUUGAGCCGCAGAUAAUUGUUCAUGAGAUAGGACACGCACUUGGAUUCUACCAUGAGCAUAACCGUUGGGAUAGGGACAAUUACAUUAAAAUACACUAUGGAAAUAUUGAACCCGGAUAUAAUAAAUCGUUUAUUAAAGAGAAACCAAAAUAUGCAGAUUUCGACCAUGAUUAUGAUUAUUUGAGUAUUAUGCACUACGGACAAUAUUUUUUCUCAAAGAAUGCAUCAGCAAAACUUAUCACAAUAGAGCCGACAAAUCCUAACUUUCAGUCUCGAAUAGGAAAUGUCAAGUUUCCGAGCUUUCAAGAUUAUAAAACUUUGAAUGCUAUGUAUAAAUGUGAAGAUGUGUGUGCUAAAGUUAAAUGUCCAGAAGGUGGGUUUCUUGGGAAACAUUGCCAAUGUUACUGUAAAGGAAAUGCAGAUGACACACCUGUUAAACUUUGCUUUCAAAAAGAGGAGUGUCCACAACCAUUUGUAAAUACAUACUUAUUUGAUGUGAUGAACAAAGACAACACAAGUUUAAUCAAUAUGAACCGUACCUCAUUUCCUGACAAGACAAUUUUAAAUCUUAUCUCAACAAAUUGGAACUGUUCAUUUGCUUCUCAGUUAAGAUGUGAGGGAGGUAAAUGGUCAAAGACAGACGCAGAAUGUCCAGUUGCUCUUGACAUUGAGAUGAUUGAUGAAACAGAAGGUGUUGUUGAAGUUAUUUUAAAUGGCGUGUAUCGUGGUUAUAUCUGUGAUGACGACUGGGAUGAUAAUGAUGCAACUGUUGCUUGUAAAAUGCUCGGAUAUACAAAUGGUUUGGCUUACUUUCAAAAACCUCAAGAAGUUAACGAAUCUUUACCUUUUCUUCUGGACAACGUUCAGUGUAGUGGCAAAGAACAAUCUCUUGCUGAUUGCAAACACAAUGCUUGGGGUAAUCAUGACUGUGAAUAUUCUGAAGUCGUUUCAAUUAGAUGUUUUGAUGGCUCUUUUACCAGUCAUAUAGACAAAAUGCAUUGUGGUAAAAUUACAUUAAAUGAUUCAAAGAGAAAGAAACGACAACUGAACGUUUUUGGUGGUUUUGAGACAAUAAUGGGAAUGCAUCCGUGGCAAGUAGAAAUUCAACGACGGAAGAAACGAGUAUGGAUUCAUUGGUGUGGUGGAACAAUUAUCAAUAAUGCGUGGAUAUUGAGUGCUGCACAUUGUUUUGAGUAAUCCUUGCUUUUCUUAUCUUGUAACUGAUUUAAUAAUGAUUAUUUUUCUUUGAAUGAACUUUAUUAACUGAAUCAAAAUAGAUUAUCAAGUUUAAGAUAAUAUGCGGGGUGUAUGCAACUAGGCCUAUACCUUGCUUUUAACCACAUUUUGCACGAACUAUGUAUAUGUAUCCCAUAAAUGGUCGUGUAAGCUCUCAAUUGAUACAAUACAUGUAUAAAUCAGUUCAGUAUAGCUUUGACAAUAGCUCGAUUAACAUUAUCUACUCAUCUAAUGAUUGGGAAAAUGUCUCCUCCACUGACCAAAUACGGUCCUAUAACAAUAACUACUGUUAUCUUGAUAUACAGGCUUAAUUAAUAUUUUGUGAAAUGUGACGGUUAUGGGAACAAUGAACAUUCUUUUUCAUCUGUCUAACAGUGGUGUAAGAAAUUAAAAAGUGGUGUGGAUUCAGUAAAGGAUGUAUCUAAUGC